UAUAAUAUCUACAUGACCUUGGAAAUCUUUUUAUUUGGAUUGAUUCGUUCUUGUCUGCCUCUUCCUAAUCUCAGGAGUUCUAGGAUUAAAGAUAUUUUAGUAUUUCUGGGAUUCUUUAAAAACAAGACUGUGUACAUUUAGUAACCAAGCUAAUGGUCCUUGCACUAAUCAAGCAGUUACUCAAAAAUGAAUACAGAAGAGGCUUUCUUUAACGUAUGGCUGCUCCACAACUGCAAAUACAAUUAACAGGUAAUGUCCAGCUAUUAGAAGAUCUGGUUUUUAAAGCAGUGGUUUAUCAUGCUAUUCGUCUAAUAAAAACAGAAAGUCUGUGGCAGCCUAGAAGAUGAAGCUGAAUGACAGAAUAAUGGAGUAAACAAUGGCAGUUUUUCUAGUCUUAUCAGCAUUUCAUUAGCUUCACAGCAGAAUGCAGAUGGAAGUUUCUGUUCUUGUUGUAUGGAGCUUGUGAAAGGAUUCAGGUGUUGCUAGAGAGGUGAGAAAUAUCAUGGAUAUACCCAUGAACUUCACUGUACUGAUCCACUGUAGCAGAUAUGGCAUUAUUUCUGAAGAAAAUUAUUUUUGAUUAUCACUGCUGAAAUGAAAUGCAAGAUGGAUUUAUUUUGUCUGUGAGGACCUUGGAUUGUGCUGCUGACAUUGAUAGUUGUAGUGGACUGUAACUGUUUAAAAGAGUUUUGAAUACUGACUUAAAGCUCCAAAAUUUUGUGCUUAAAUUUUUCUGAUUUUUAAGUGAUUACACAUGAUCUUCCUCAGUGUACAGGUAAAUGUAUGUUUUCCUUCCUGGGAGUCAGAGGACAAACCUGGCUUUCCCCAUACCCAUCUCCCUCCAAAUAAAAUUCAUUAUUCAUACACAAAUUGUGGUGAGUCUAUUGGAAUUACCCUGGACAGAAAUGUUUUCCUUACCUCUCUAAUGAAUAGAAUAUAUGAAGCAAAGAUCUCCUGAACAGAGCCAAAAGACACAGCUCAAUACGGUGAACUUUUCCUUGGCUUUCCAGACAUUUUGUAGUUUAAUUAUUUAAAUUAACAUAAAACAUUUAAUUCAUUUCUAAAAAAUUGCUGAUUCAUGAAACGUGUGUUGUAUUGAGAUAUUUUCCUCUUUUUAUUAUUUGUAUUUUUCUAGCUAAUUCCAAAGAAACUGCCUUUCUCAGGAAAAAACAAUCACAGAAUUUCUUUUGAGGCAGUUGACUUUUUCCUGUCUCUCCUCCUCCCCUGCCUCUUUUUGUUUUUGUUUUUGUUUUUAUUUUCAUCUUCCACAAAUACAGUAAAAAGAACCUGUUUUCUUUAGAAGUGCCUUGUGUUUGAUAAAGAUGGAUCAAGAGCACUGGAGGAAACCCGUCAGUGGCCUUUUUUUCUUCUUUCUGGCUUUUUUUUUCUUUCCUCAAAGCUGAGGUGUGUCAGAGUGUUGCAUUGAUGCUGAAGAGGCAUCAACAGCUAUGAGACUGUAACCUCCCUGAGAGAGGCGCUGGCCAUAUCUACAAAAAGAGAUCAUGAGACUCUAAAGCAGAGUUUAGCUGAUGUUGGGCAGGUCACCUACUCACCAUAGCUCUAACUGCAGAGUUCCCUAAUCCCAAACCAUGAACCACUCCAGAUGGACUGAAUGGAGGACUCUGAACAUGAGCAGUGGCAUUGUGAAUGUGUCUGAGCAUCUCUCUUGUCCGCUAGGAUUUGGCCACUACAAUGCAGUGGACAUCUGCAUCCUUGAGACAAUCAUUAUUGUUUUGCUAACAUUUUUAAUUAUUGCUGGUAAUUUAACUGUAAUAUUUGUCUUUCACUGUGCUCCACUUUUACAUCAUUAUACCACCAGCUAUUUUAUUCAGACCAUGGCCUAUGCUGAUCUUUUUGUUGGAGUUAGCUGCCUGGUUCCUACAUUAUCAUUGCUUCACUACUCUACAGGUGUCCAUGAGUCCUUGACUUGUCAGGUUUUUGGAUAUAUCAUCUCUGUGCUGAAGAGUGUCUCCAUGGCAUGUCUUGCUUGCAUCAGUGUUGACCGCUAUCUUGCUAUUACAAAACCUCUCUCCUAUAAUCAACUGGUCACACCUUGUCGCUUGAGAAUCUGUAUCAUCUUGAUCUGGAUAUACUCUUGUCUGAUCUUCUUACCUUCCUUUUUUGGUUGGGGAAAACCUGGUUACCAUGGUGAUAUUUUUGAAUGGUGUGCUAUCUCCUGGCUCACCAAUGCUUAUUUUACUGGCUUUAUUGUGUGCUUACUAUAUGCUCCAGCUGCUUUGGUAAUCUGCUUCACGUAUUUCCACAUCUUCAAAAUUUGCCGGCAGCACACCAAAGAGAUAAAUGACCGGAGAGCUCGUUUUCCUAGCCACGAAGUCGAUGCUGCUGGAGAGACUGGGCACAGCCCUGACCGCCGCUAUGCCAUGGUUUUAUUUCGGAUAACCAGUGUGUUUUACAUGCUUUGGCUCCCCUAUAUCAUAUACUUUCUGCUGGAGAGCUCUAGGGUGCUGGAUAAUCCAGCACUUUCCUUCUUAACAACAUGGCUUGCUAUAAGCAAUAGUUUCUGCAACUGUGUGAUAUAUAGCCUCUCCAACAGUGUUUUCAGACUGGGACUCCGGAGACUGUCAGAGACAAUAUGUUCAUCUUGUCUAUGUUUAAAAGACAAGGAUGUACGGGACCCCAAACCUAGAAAACGGGCUAAUUCCUGCUCCAUUUAAAGAAAACUGGGACAACUAAUGAAAUGCAAUCUGACAUUGGGUUUGGAUAGCAUUUGAUACAUCUGGAAAUUUGCCACAACAGAAAUAUUUACUUGAAUAGCUCCUAUGACAUGAGAUGUGGGUUUGGAAGUGAUUCGUAAUAAAGGAAAAUGUUGCUAUUAAAGGGCACUGAAAGGGUACGCAAAUUAUUUUGAAUAUGGAUCUUGUGAAAUUGUGUGGUGGUAUGACAGAAAUUUAACAGAAGAUGGAAGAAAUCAAUAUCUCAUAUCUUCCGCAGGGCAUGACAUAACAGGCACUUCAAAGCAGGCCCCCCUUAGGAUAAAUUAGUGACUUAUUAAUUUUUUUUCCUUGUAGAGAAAUUGUCGUAUGUGGCAAGAUAUACAGUAGUCUCUCGCAUUAAAAUAAAUGUUUUUAAACACAGUGGGUGGCUCUUCAUAAAUAAUAUCAACAGAGGAUGCAUAAUAAGUGUUGGAAUUUAACAAUCAGCUGCCCAUAGACUUUGCUUGUGGUGUUUUGUACUAUUUUCAGUUGUACAAAUAUCCUCUAAACCCCUUCUCCCCCAUACAAAUUAAAGAAAUGGAUGGGUACACUUUUUGGAUAAAGUUUAAAGUUAGUUUUAUUUUUUGCAUUUCUGGUGCAGCUUCCACAAAGCCUGCUUCCCCGACCCCCCCAUUGCCAUUUUUUACAUGCCGUGCACCCUGGGUUCCAUUAUUCAGAAGCGACUUAGUUAAUGAAGGAGCCUGUCAGAUAAACAUAAUUUCAAAUAACUACUACUUCAGAAAAUUCUGGCUAUUUUUACUAGCUUGAUAAUUGCACUCACCAUAUUCUAGUAAGUUUUACAAACUUUGUUCUCUGGAUCCUGCUGAAUUAGCACACAGUAUUGAUGUGGUGUCCUUUAGGAUGUACUAAAGCUUUUCCUUUAACGGUUACACAAAUAAUCCUAAUGCAAAUAUGAUAACCACACACAGCAAUGUAACAUCACUGCUCAGUGAAUUUAAAAAAAAUUUUUAAUGGAAAAUAACUUUUCUGUGGGGUCUGAAUAGCUUACUGUUGUAGCUGCAAAUCCUUUGUGUGAACCUAGCUUGCACAUAUUGUAUUUUUUUAAAAAAGAAAAUGUAAAGUAUGUGGUCUGUACCUAAUGUUUCAUAGCAUAUGGAGUAGGUCAAUUUUAAGUCUACAGGAUUUAAAAAAAGAAUUACUUGCUCUGAGAGAGACUUUUGUGCAGUUAUUAAAUAGAUAUUUAUUAGAGGAGGAGGUGGAGAGACAAUUUAGUAUAAAAUACAGAUAAGAGCCUCUGUAUUGCCUUUUGUAUUGCCUUUCAGGUUCACCGCUUAAAUAAAAUACUUUGCAAGGGCACUACUUGUGUAAUAAAUUGCCUGGGGUUCAGAUAUAGUAUGACAGGUAGUGGAAUAUUUUAAUUAUUAUUUUUGACCCAAGGUGCAGAUGGUGAUUUGUUUUGUUUUAUAAAAAGGCCUAACUUUUGCUCCUCUUAACAGCUGCGCUAUAGUUCAUUAUUUUACCAAAAUGCAUAUAAUGAAAUUGUGCCUAUGACUUUUCAUAACAGAAGUCAACCCUCUUUGCACACCAGUGAUUAGACUACAGUAAUCCCUUUAAAAAUAAAAAUGUACGCACUGUUUUAUUGAGGUGGUUCUGAACCCCUGUACAUUUUUAAAACUGUAAGAAAAGUAAGAAAAAAUAAAAAGAAUAAAGUAGUAGUAUGUAUAUCAAAACCAGACUUGGAUUUAGUUCCCUGAUGUUAUUCUCUGUUCUCCGAAAGUCCAAAUGGGUGACAACUAAGGAAUUUAGAAUUUAAAAAAACCCAGCACUUUAAUUUGUGUUUUUUUGCUUUUCCUACAUCGUGUGUCUGUCAUUGUUUCUAAUAUUGUGUAUUGGUGAGGCAGGUUGAAGUGCCACUCAGAACUUUCCUCUAGUCUAGAUAAGCUUAUUUGGGGUUGAUAAUUACCCCAGAUUAAUACUCCAGAUAAAAUUUGAGAGGAAUUCCUUGGUACCUUUGUCUUUACCCCAUAUAUCUCAUAGUUGUUUAAACAGAUGAACCUAUUCCUUCCCUUCUGAAGACAACGGGUGACAUUUUAAAAAGUGCUUAAGUGGUUUAGUUCUAUUUUUAAAAGAGUUUUAGGCAUUUUCGUGCCUACGUCUCAUUGAAAGAGAGUGAGAUUUAGGCUCAUAAAUGUUCAGAGUGGGUAAAAAUCUA